AUGCUAUCUUCCAUCUUCUCCUCCUAUGCGUUACUCUUGUUGUGCUUUUCUCACCACCUGUUUUGCUCUGCUACUGCUAGAGAUACUCUAACGUCACGUGACGAUCCAAUUAGGGACGACGGAUCAGAAAGUCUUGUUUCAGCUGGAGGACGAUUUGAACUGGGAUUCUUUACACCUUCAUCUACAGAAGCAGGAACGUCUGGCAAUGGAAGAUAUGUUGGUAUAUGGUAUCAUCAACUGGCUCCAAGGACAGUUGUAUGGGUUUCCAACAGAGAUACGGCGGUUCCUGCCAAGUCUACUGGAGUUAUUGAAAUCAAAGAAAGUACCCUCCAUGUGUCGGAUGCAAUUACUGGAAAGUCUUAUUGGUCAGCUAAGUUUGAAGCCUCCUCUUCUGCUCUCAACCCGAUGGUGAAGCUCAUGGAUUCUGGGAACCUGGUGUUAAGUGAUGGUGACGAUCGGGUGGCAGUGAAUAAUAUUUUGUGGCAGAGCUUUCAAAAUCCAACUGAUACAUUCAUUCCUGGGAUGAAAAUUGAUAACGACAUGGAAUUGACUUCAUGGAGAGGUGAAGACGACCCAGGAUUUGGGAACUUCACCUUCAAACUAGAUGUAGCAGAAGACAACCAGAAUCAGUAUAUGAUCACAAAAUCAAAAUCGAUUGCUUACUGGAAAAGUCGAGAACCAGGAACUGGUACAUUUGUCAUUUCAGAUGAAAUACUUCCAGAAGUUGCUUACUUAUUAUCAAAUUUCAGCCAGAGUUAUUUUAAAAAAAAAACCUCCUCCAGGAUUUUCAAUUCUACAAGUAGGAAGUCUUAUAAGGGCAUAGCAAUUCUGAAUCGGACAGAAUACAAUCAUACAAGAUUGGUGAUGGAUUUUAAGGGGAAUAUACAGUUUUGGAGGUGGCUUAAGAAUAAUUGGACUAUGAUAUGGUCAGAGCCAAAAGAUCAAUGCAGUGUGUUUAAUGCUUGUGGGAACUUUGGCAGCUGUAAUAUGAAUAAUUGGCCGUCAGUGUGCAAAUGCUUGCCAGGCUUCAAACCCACGUCUCUAGAUAAAUGGAAGUCUGGGGACUUUUCUGAUGGAUGCACAAGAGGGCCACCAUUAUGUCACAACAACGAAACAUUCUCCACUUUAAAGAUGAUGAAGGUGGGAAACCCAGACAUACAAAAUUAUGUUAGCAAUGAAAAAGAAUGCAAGAACACCUGCCUCGAGAACUGCCAGUGUAUUGCUUACUCAUAUGCUGAAGCUGCUAACUCAUUUGCUAAAGCUGGUAAAACAAGGGGAAAGGAUGCUUAUACUUCUACGUGCUGGAUAUGGGACUCGCAGAAUCUAGAUAGUCUUCAAGAAGAGUAUGCUGACGGCCGAAACCUCUCUGUUCGCGUUUUCUUGGCUGAUUUAGGUAUUCUACUUCUCUAUUGUCUUUCACUUCUUCCUAUGUUCGUGUACACAAUCAUAUUGGCUAUUAUUAUCUGCUAA